CGCAUCUUCACGCUUCAGCCAGAGUGUCCUUCACAAUGUCGAGUUGAUGUGAAAGCCCUGUCGCAUAGAUGCGGUGGCCCCCUACGCCCGGCCAAUGUGCGCGAGGCUAUAUCAGAACCUCCCAGAAGUUCAGAAUACGCCAGCCGUAUGCGUCUCGAACUGUCAUCCUCCUCCGGCGACACUAUGCCAGCAACGUUUAUCACCCCACGACACCUCCUCCCACCGACCAGAACAAUAGCCUUGCGCGGAUAGCGCAUUCUCGCUUUAACGACAUUGGUGUGCAACAAUUGAGCGACUAUGUCCAUCCCCAAGUCUUUCCGACGGGUGCCACGCGACCAAGGGCUGACCUAGUGGAAUUGGCCAAAGAUCAUCUGCGUCGUCAUGAACUGUUGGGCAAGAAUCAAGAUAACACACCCGGGAUUGGGUUGGACAUGCCACCUAUCUUCGGUGCCACUUUGGAUGAACACUUCACGAAGUUGGGCUUGGAUGGCUCCGAACCAUAUCUCUCCUACGGCAAGGCGUUUGUACGGGCAAACACACCGCAAAGGCCCCGAAAAUGGAUCAUCAGAAGCGGAUGGACAAAAUACAAUUCCGAUAUGACGACGGAAGAGGUGGAUGCGCCGGACGAGACUAUGCUAUCUUUCGAUGUCGAGACAAUGUGGAGAGAAACACCAUUCGCGGUCAUGGCAACCGCUGCCAGUCCAGAUGCUUGGUACGCUUGGAUAUCGCCCUGGCUGCUUGGAGAGUCGCAAAAUCCGAGGCAACUUAUUCCGCUGGGUGAUCCCACAAAGCCGCGGAUCGUGGUAGGGCACAACAUUGGCUACGACAGAGCACGGGUCAAGGAGGAGUACGAUCUCAAACAGUCCAAGAACUUUUUCAUUGAUACCAUGUCUUUGCAUGUCGCGGUCAAUGGCAUGUGUUCGAGGCAGCGACCCACUUGGAUGAAGCAUAAGAAGAAUCGGGAUUUGAGAGACAAGAUGGCUGGCGAUCACAAUUCUUUGGAGCUUCAGAGAAUGCUGGAGAGCAAAAUGUUGAGCGAGGAAGAGGAGGAAUUGUGGGUCGGGAGAAGUUCCGUCAAUUCCUUGCGUGAUGUCGCAAAGUUCCACUGCGGUGUCACCAUCGACAAAAGCCAGCGAGACUAUUUUGGUGAAUUGGAUCGCGACGGUAUUCGUGAGAAGAUUGACGAGCUACUCGACUACUGCGCCGCCGAUGUUGCGAUCACGCAUAGGGUCUUUCAAAAAGUCUUCCCCAACUUCCUCGAGACCUGUCCUCACCCGGUCAGCUUCGGCGCUCUCAGACACCUCUCAUCUGUUAUCUUGCCUGUCGAUAAGUCUUGGGAUGAGUACUUGGAACGGGCUGAGAACACAUAUCAGCAGAGAUUGAAGGACGUGGAGGACAGACUGCUACAAUUGACUGAAGCAGCUCUAGCAGUGAAGCAACAGCCCGAUAUAUACACCAAUGAUCCCUGGCUGAACCAGCUGGAUUGGGCCGGGCAGGAGAUCAAAUAUAAGAAGGCGAAGAAGAAGGGCGAAGAACCAGUUCCGGUUGCUCGACAGAAAAAGCCAGGCGCACCGAACUGGUACAAAGAUUUGUUCACUUCAAAUACCUCCCCGAUCAACUUGACCGUCCGAACGAGGAUCGCUCCUGUGUUGCUAAAACUUUCCUGGGAUGGACACCCGCUGGUGUGGUCCGACAAGCACGGUUGGACUUUCCGAGUUCCGCAAAAAGACGUUCCCAAAUAUGAGCACAGCAAUGUGGUCAGCGCCGAUAUGUCGGAGGAGACCAACGAGACUUUGAAGUCAGAUAUGAAGCACGUCUAUUUCAAGCUCCCCCACAAGGACGGCCCAUCAGCUCGCUGUGUUUCGCCCCUUGCCAAAGGCUAUUUGCAAUAUUUUGAGUCGGGCACGCUGACUUCACAGUUUGCGCUUGCGAAGGAGGCCCUGGAAAUGAACGCCUCGUGCUCAUACUGGAUCUCUGCAAGAGAUCGAAUCACUUCUCAGAUGGUUGUGAAAGAGGCUGAUAGGGAUCCUUCCCUGGCAGGAAAGACAGACCAAGGGUUCAUCUUGCCACAAAUUAUCCCUAUGGGUACUAUUACUCGCCGAGCAGUGGAGAAUACAUGGCUCACCGCGUCCAAUGCCAAAGCCAACCGCGUUGGUUCUGAGCUCAAAGCCAUGGUCAAAGCUCCUCCAGGUUAUUGCUUCGUUGGGGCGGAUGUCGACAGUCAAGAGCUCUGGAUCGCAUCAUUAGUCGGUGAUGCUCAAUUCCAGCUUCACGGUGGCAAUGCCAUCGGCUUCAUGACUUUGGAAGGUACUAAGGCUGCCGGCACCGACCUGCACUCAAAGACGGCAAAGAUUCUUGGUAUCUCUCGAAAUGAUGCCAAGGUCUUCAACUACGGCCGUAUUUACGGUGCUGGCCUCAGAUUCGCCGCUCAACUGCUUCGACAGUUCAAUCCCCUCCUGUCCGAGAAAGAGACCAACGAGAUCGCUGCGAGACUCUACAAAGAGACAAAAGGAACUCGUACGAGACGUAAAGUAUUCGGCCAUGGCUCAUUCUGGCGUGGUGGCACUGAAUCAUUUGUCUUCAACAAGCUUGAAGAAUUUGCGGAUCAAGAACGUCCUCGCACACCCGUCCUUGGCGCCGGUAUCACUGAAGCACUAAUGCGACGAUAUAUCAACCAAGGCUCCUUCAUGACCUCUCGGAUCAACUGGGCCAUUCAAUCUUCUGGAGUCGACUAUCUGCACCUCUUGAUCGUAAGCAUGGACUACCUCAUCCGCCGAUUCAACAUGGACGCUCGCCUCGCUAUCACCGUCCAUGACGAGAUCAGGUACCUCGUCAAGCACGAAGAUCGGUAUAAGGCCGCUCUCGCUCUGCAAAUUAGCAACGUGUGGACGAGGGCGAUGUUCAGCCAGCAAAUGGGCAUUGAGGACUUGCCACAAUCAUGUGCGUUCUUUUCGGCGGUUGAUAUUGACCACGUGCUCCGUAAAGAAGUCGACAUGGACUGUGUAACGCCGAGCCAUCCUGAGAAGAUUCCGCAUGGCGAGAGUCUGGAUAUCAACCAACUUCUGGCGAAGGGAAGCGAGGCGUCUUUGGAUCCUGUGACGGUUCCCAAGACAGGGCCGAUCAAUCUGGACCAGUACACGUACACUCCCCGGCAGAGCGUCAUGUCAACCUUGAACGGCGCGGGCGGCGUUGAUAUAGGAUACAUUCGGGCGCAGAUUACCGAUGACGAUAAAGAGUUACGUGCGAUCAUCAAGGACGUGGAGAAGAGCGAAUCGAACGAACCCUCCAGCAAAGAAGGCGCGACGAAGAACGACGCCACGAAGGCCGGCAAUACCAGCGGCCCAAAAGCACCUCGCGGGCGCCGACCGAAACCGAAGGUGCCCAUCCCGCCGCACGCGCAGCCCCAGCAGGCCAUGUUGAUGGAAGUCGAGGACCGCUGGAAUCUGGGGUACAACAAGGCCUUUGGAAAUGGCAACUCGGGGCACAAAGCGCCCUGGUUGACGGACAAGAAAGCCGCGGGAUGGACGAGUCGCUGGGCGGACGAUGGAUGGGAAGUUUGAUACUCGGACUCCACCCCCCAUCCCCAUCCCCAUGCCGCUGCCGCUGCCCUGGCUGUGGGACUUGAACUUGUACCCUCACGGGUUUAUGUCACUUUCCUUUUUCUCCUUUGCCUGGAACGGUCGACGGUGACCCCAGGAUGUACAGAGAUAUGCGGAUGAGCGAGGCGAUGGCGUUCCCUGUGCCAGGUGAGGUUAGCCGGACCGCAUCGUUGAUCGAGUUUGUUCUUAUUGUAAUCAUGAUGGUCUGGAUUCUGCUGUGUACGAGUCACGUAUGAUGUCUUUCCAAUCUUUGUACAUUGUGGGGCCAGCCGGCUUAUAUGAUAUUGCUACAUCUGGGAGGAUGGGGAAAAAUGGGCGGCAAGCGGCAACGCCUGUAUUCUUGUAUUCUUAUUGUAUAGUCAAUUGAGUUUGUGCAGACGUGGAA